AUGGUGAAGCUUGGCAAGAGCUCAAAGAGGACUCCUGUCCGUCUGCGUCACAAGAUUGAAAAGGCCAGCACAGCUAAACAGAGGAAGCAACGGAAAUUAGCGAAAAAAAAUCCACAGUGGCGCUCCAAAUUGAAAAAGGAUCCUGGCAUUCCAAACUUAUUCCCAUAUAAAGACAAGGUUCUCCAUGAAAUUGAAGAGCGGAAAAGGUUGAAGGAAGAAGAAGCCAUGCGAUUGCGCGAGGAGGUGCUCCCUCGGCGUCGAGGAUUCGGUGGCGUUGAUUCAUUGCCCGAUGCCGAAUUAGCUCAUGUCGAAGAAUUAGACAGGGUCCAUGAUCUAAUAGAUGACGAGAUGGAAGAUGGAGAUGACCCCGGUCCUAUGGCUGCUUUAUUAGCGUCGGCGAAAGCAAGAGCGAUAGAGUACGCAGAACAAAAUGGUGACGAACAAUUCCAUAAAGUGGAUGAGGACGUCGACAAAACCGAAGAUGAGAGCGGCUUCGGUGGCGACAAUAUUCUCUCAGUGAAGCCGUCUUCGGGUCCAGUCUUGAUAGAAACCUCGAGACGGGCGUUCGAUAAGAUGUUUAAGCAAGUCAUUGAAGCCGCCGACGUGGUAUUAUAUGUUUUGGAUGCGCGAGACCCUGAAGGCACGAGAUCCAAGGAAGUAGAACGAGAAAUUAUGGCGGCAGACGGUGGAUCGAAGCGGUUGAUAUUAAUCUUGAACAAAAUCGAUUUGGUCCCCCCGUCGAUAUUAAAAGGCUGGCUCUCGCAUCUUCGAAGAUCCUUCCCAACCCUACCACUAAGGGCAUCAACUGGAGCACCGAGUUCGAACAGUUUUGACCACAAGCAAAUGACCGUGAAAGCGACAACCGAGGCUCUAUUGAAAGCACUAAAGUCAUAUGUUCAUAGUAAGCAGCUGAAGCGUUCAAUAUCAGCGGGAGUGAUCGGCUAUCCAAACGUUGGAAAAUCGUCCGUCAUCAACGCACUGGUCUCACGCCUAAACCGGGGUGCUGCUUCAACAUGUCCGGUUGGGGCAGAAGCCGGUAUUACUACAAGCUUAAGAGAGAUCAAAAUUGACAACAAAUUAAAGCUUAUUGAUUCUCCCGGGAUCGUCUUCCCAAACUCUGAUAAAAGGAAACCAUUAGAUAAGAAGCUUAACGAAGAAGCGCGCCUAAUCCUCCUUAAUGCAAUCCCGCCAAAGCAAAUAUCCGAUCCUAUUCCUGCCGUUGCGCUUCUCCUGGAUAGACUGUCCUCCUCCGGCCUCAUCUCCAAAAUGCUUGAGUUUUAUAGUAUACCACCUCUGUUCCCUCUUAACGGAGAGAAAACGAACGAUUUCCUUGUCCAAGUUGCCAGAAAACGAGGACGGUUGGGCAAGGGGGGUGUGCCAAAUAUAAAUAGUGCUGCGAUGACUGUCAUCACCGACUGGCGGGAUGGCCGUAUUCAGGGAUGGCUAGAGCCGCCUAUGUUACAGGUUGCUUCUUCCACUGAUUGUUCGUCUACAAGCAUUGGAUUGGAUACAAAAAAAAUCGUGUCUGAGUGGUCCAAAGAGUUUAAGAUGGAAGGUUUAUGGGGAAAUGAGGAUUAUCAAGGAGAUGAAAUGAUGGAGUGA